AUGUUGAAUUCAUUCAGCCAUUGGCCGUACAAAUCAUGCUUUUCUGCGCGGUCGAGCUGGAGAAGGUUCUUUAGUCAAAAUGUAGUCCCUAUAAGACCUUUAAGCCGAUCUUUUUUCUUUAAAAAGAAUUAUAGAUACAAUUCUGUACCCUUUUCUCCUCCGAGCUCACCUGAUCCCCAAGUUCUGAACUUUUUACAGAAGCGUAUUCAAUCGGCUCCUCGCUUCCCCAAGCCAAGUGCUCUGCUAGAACUUGGAAAACCAAGACUAACUAUUUUGGUUGUUUUAACAACUAUGUCUUCUUAUGCCUUGGCUCCAUAUCCCGGUCUUUCCUUCGGUACUCUUGUGUGGUUAACUAUGGGUACUGCUCUUUGCAGUGUAAGUGCGAACGCGUUUAACCAGUGUAUGGAGCCAACUCUUGACUGUCAGAUGGCACGUACCCGGGGGCGUCCAAUACCUCGUGGUGCUGUCCGUCCUGAAUAUGGCUGGUUGUUUGCUUCUACCACAGGAAUAUUGGGGUCUUCGAUGUCUUUUCUUGUAAAUCCAACAGUCGGUUGGCUAGGUUUGGCGAAUAUAGUACUCUAUAUGGGGGUCUAUACACCUUUAAAGCGUAUUUCAAUCCUCAAUACAUGGGUCGGAUCAAUUGUAGGUGCGUUGCCUCCGUUAAUGGGGUGGGCAGCUUGCUCUGGGGGUGAUCUUUCCCAUGCUGGUGCAUUCUUUACAGCCGCUAUUCUCUUUGCUUGGCAAUUUCCACACUUCAAUGCCUUUUCUACUAUGGUUGCUGAUGAUUAUAAGCGGUGUGGUUACCAAAUGGCAUCGUGGAAAAGACCUGCGUUGAAUGCUCGAGUUGCUUUACGUUAUUCUUUGCUGUUUCUUCCAUUAAGUUACGGAUUUGUUUGGUCUGGAAUCGUCAAUCCUUCCUAUAUGGUCGGUGCUUCAGCAGCCAAUCUAUAUUUAAUUGCAAAAGCUUGGCAAUUUUACAGAAACCCUUAUAAAACGAAUGCCCGAUCAUUAUUUUUUGCAAGUUUGCUACAUCUACCUUUAAUUUUUAUCUUAACUUUAGGAAGCCACAUGUUUAAAGUAUGGAAAGACUCUGAAAGGAUAGAACCCGACAACUCAUCAUCUGGUGAUUAA